ACAUAGCGGAGAUUCAGAGGUUUUUUUUAUUUCUAUCUGCUAUUAUGGUACGGGAAACGAGCACAGAUUUUCACAGACAGGUUUUUGGCUUGAUCACAGAUUUUUGAAAAAAAGAUCUGGCAUCCCUGUAACUGAUUCCAACAACAACAUUAAACAUUAUCAAACGUAAACACACGUUCGUUGCUGUUAUAAUAUAUCUUAAAUAAAAUGAACUAAGAAAUUGAUUUCAACGUUCUCUGAAUAGUGAUUUAUAAAGUUUUCUGUUAGUGAUAUCAUUUCUCACCGUAACAGAUGAAAUAUGAGUGAAAUUACAGAUUCAUCGUCGACUAAAGAGGAUGAGAAAAUUUCACGCGAUGUCUCCGAGGAUGAUUCUUUCGAUAUUCGCUUGAGCAGUGACGGGAUAAAGUCUUUCCACUGUAAAUUUUGCAAUAAAUCUUAUAGUUCGAAACAGUUGUGCAAACGUCACGCUACUGCCAUCCACAAAAAGUGUGAUUCCAGUCGAACAAGCGGAAAUAUCGAACAAUAUCACUGUCAACAGUGCGACAUGGUUUUCAAAAGUAAGCAUGCUUUUGUGGCACAUGAAAAGACACAUAGCGAAGAUGACAAUAAACAGUAUCGAUGCGAGACAUGUUCAGUGAUUCUCAAAACAUUGGCCAGCUACAAGCAGCACUUGAAUAAACAUUUUGGUAUAAAAAAUGAAAAGAACACACUACCGUGCGAAAACUGUGAUGCAGUUUUCACGAGUCGCGAAGGUAGAAGGGUGCACAUGAUUUUGAAACACAGUGCUGGACAGACAUACAAAUGCCAGGAGUGUCCGAUGAUAUUUGCUCGCAAAGGAAAUCUACGACUGCACAUGACUACGCAUGGGAUAAGACCGCAUGUAUGCAGUGUCUGUGGAAAGUCCUACGCUAGGAUCGAAAGCCUGCGAACACAUGAACAAGGUUGUGCGAACGGAAAAACGGGAUUGUUUUGUGAAAAGUGUGGACAACGGUUCCGAAAGCUCGAGUUGCUAGAGAAACAUAUUCAGCUUGGUCAUCCGGAAAAGGAACAUCAGUGCAACUAUUGUGGCCAGAGUUUCGAGAGUAAGCGUGCCCUUAGUCAUCACGUGCGAGUACAUGAAGGCAAAUUCCGGUGUACGCAUUGUUCGCUGCAAUUUGUAACUGAGAAAGCAUUACAAAACCACGAAAAGAGUCGACAUUGGGAGAUUUUAGGUAUAGAGCGAGUGAUUGGCAAGCAAGGUCGGCGAAGAGACGGAACCGAUAGACCAAAGGAGCCAAAGGCACGUGUUAGGAGAAACAAAUAUAAUCCGUUUCUGGGUUUAGAACACUUAGCGCAAUUGACAGAGAAAAUGGAUCACAAAUCGAAAUCUGAAUCUGAUAUUCAAACUCAGUCUGCUGUUCUGGAAGAUACUCAUAUAAGGACUUCAAAUUACAACAUAGAAAACACUAAUUUCAGUAUGAUAGACAGUGAUCCAAUUGAUAAAAACUCUGUGCAUACCGUGGCGACAAUAAUCGAAGAUGCCAAUCAUGAUUUGGAAGGUAAUGCUGAUAAUACUGGCUGUGAGAGAAUUUCAAAUGAUAAUGUUGUAACUGACGAUAUCAAAGAAACUAUAAUCGAAAAAAGAACUUUACUGGAUGAAGACACAACACUGGAUUGUGAACAAAACAUGAUCGAAAAUCCUGCUAUAAGCGUGAAAGAGGAAAAUGAACAACUUAUUUCAGAUUAUGAAGAUGUCAGAGAAUUUGACGGAAACAACUCGGAGUCUGAUGGUCACGAAAAUGACUGGAUAAAUGAGGCGAAUGAACAAGACCUCAUAACUGAAAUAAAAAUAGAACACAAUCCAACAGUUGAGCUUUCGACUAAGAUACCUAAUGCAAAGAUCAAGGCAAAACGAAAAGCUCGUCGGAAAGCCAAACCAGUCAAGAAACAGUCACACCCGAAAAAGUUCAAUUGCGACGAUUGCGAUAAAACGUUUGUUCAUCAUUACUGGCUGGGUGUUCAUCGAGAAAAAAGGCACGGUGUUCGGAAUGAGGACGAUGUUCUUCCUAAAAAGAACCGGGUACAUAUUUGCAAUCAGUGUGAUAAAAGUUUCAGCGACUGGCGUAAUUUAUUGUAUCACUACAAACAUGUUCACAAGAUUGCAAUCCAGGACAGUGAAGUGGAAAGAUGCAGAUCGUGCAAAAGAAGGUUUAUCAACGCAGACGAACUACAGUUGCAUUCGUGCUUCAAGGGCAUUUUAGUGAAUCGAAAACCUCAGUAUAAAUGUGAGAUAUGUGAAAAACAAUAUUUUAGUCAGCAUGGUUUGGAUUGUCAUCGGUCCUCGCACCCGGAGUACCAUAAGUUCAAUUGUGAUGUUUGUCAGAAACCGUUCGCCAACAUAAAGGAUAUGAACUAUCACAAGAAACGCGUGCACGUGGAGGCCUGCUUCACGUGUGAUGUAUGUGGCAAAGCAUUCAAGGUACAGGCACAGUUGAAAAUCCAUGUUCAAAUUCAUCAGCAAUCGAAAGGCUACCAGUGUGAGUUCUGUGGCAAGUCCUUUUCACAACGAAAUGGUAUGACUGCUCAUUUAAAAAUUGCCCACGCUGAGCAACUGGGUGAGGAAGCCGUCGCAGAGCGAGAAAUUAUAUGUGAGAUUUGCCAGAAAAAGCUCAAGGGAAAAAUAUGUCUAAAAUUGCACAUGAAGACACACACUGACGAAAGAAAUUUCGAGUGUUCCUAUUGUGAUAAAAAGUUCAUUGCAAAACAGGAUAAGAUGCGCCACGAGCAGACACACACCAAAGAGUAUCGAUUCAAGUGUCGUUUCUGCGGUAAAGGAUCAACGAGAAGAAAGCUGAUACUAUUGCACGAAGCCAAGGAGCAUAAUUUUACCUGUAGUGAACCACUUGGUCCAUCGCAUAGGUGCUCGAUCUGUGAUCGUGACUUUAGUUCGCCGUCUGCCCGACAAAUACAUGAAUCUCUUCACAGUGAUGAUCUUCCAGUGCCAUGCAAACUAUGCGACCGGCGCUUUAAGAAUGUUAAAUAUAUGAAGUAUCAUUUGAAAGCACAUCACAGAUUAGGAAACGGGUCUACUUCCAGGGAGCAGCAAGUGUGCGACACAAGUUCGACAGGGAUACAGUCGAAAGAUUCAACGUCUUUAGAAUGUGAAAUUAAUAAUGCGAGCGGUGGUAAAGAAGGUAGUAUGGCUGUGUAUUCGACUUUCUGUUUAGCACAGCCCCAUGGAAAUGAUAUUGUUGUUUCGAAAGGCGGAUAA